AGUUGACAUCAAUCACUGACCAACGUUCCAUAAACAAAACAAAAUGUUCAGCAAAAUCGUAGCUUUUGGAGCCAUGAUAGCGGCAGCCAACGCUGGGUAUUAUGCCCAUGGCCCAGCCUUUUCCUCUCAAAGCAUCGUGCGUCAUGACGAAGGUCUGGGACACUUCGCUGCACCAGCCCACUAUGCUGUGCCUUUGGCCUACGCUGCACCACUCGCUCAUUAUGCUGCCCCAGUAGCUUAUGGAGCGUAUGAUGGCCAUGAUGAAUAUGCGCACCCGAAAUACGACUUCGCGUACUCGGUGGCGGACCCACACACAGGGGACCACAAGUCGCAGCACGAGAGCCGCGACGGCGACGCUGUGCACGGCUCCUACUCACUCGUGCAGCCCGACGGCUCCGUCCGUCAAGUUGAUUACACCGCUGACGAUCACUCUGGGUUCAACGCCGUCGUCCAUACCUCUGGUCCCUCUCUACACCCCCAGCCCGCCUAUCACCAUUAUUAAAAAUGUUAAAAUAAAAUAAGUUAUUUAUUUAUUAUAUUUGUAACAUUCACAAAUAAAAGA